GCCACUUGAUCAUUCUCUUUUGCCAUUUCCAUGUUCUCUUCUUAUGCCUUCUCAUCAGCUCCAGCAAGUGUGUACUAAAACCAGUCAUAAACCCCACAUCUUAACAAUUGUUUAGGGGAAAAAAAAUUGAAAAAGAAUCCAAAUGCUUCGAACUCUUCAUCUAAAACGCUCUCUCCAAUCGCUCCUCCACCACCACCCGACCACCCUUAAAUCCCCCAACACAGCCCUCCUCCGCCAUUGCUCCACCGCUUCCACUCCUCCUCCUCCUCCACCUCCAUCACCACCUCCGCCACUGCCUUCCUCAGCCACUGAUGCUGAAAUCCGGAAGUACCUCGGCUACACGCUCCUCGUCCUCGGCUGCGGUGCCGCAACCUACUACUCCUUCCCAUUUCCGGAGGACGCCAAGCACAAAAAAGCCCAACUCUUCCGGUACGCUCCGUUACCGGAAGAGCUCCACACGGUCUCCAAUUGGAGCGGGACCCACGAGGUCCAAACCCGGACAUUCCUCCAGCCCGAAUCGUUGGAGCAGCUGGAGGAGAUUGUGAAGAAAGCCCAUGAGAAGAAGCAGAAGAUUCGGCCUGUAGGCUCGGGAUUGUCUCCGAAUGGGAUCGGGUUGACCCGAUCAGGAAUGGUGAAUCUGGCAUUGAUGGAUAAGGUUUUGGAAGUGGAUAAGGAGAAGAAAAGAGUUAGAGUCCAAGCUGGGAUAAGGGUUCAGCAGCUUGUUGACGGGAUUAAAGAUUACGGGCUUACUUUGCAGAAUUUUGCAUCAAUCAGGGAACAGCAAGUUGGUGGUAUUGUUCAGGUUGGUGCACAUGGUACUGGUGCAAGGUUGCCUCCCAUCGAUGAGCAGGUUGUCAGCAUGAAAUUGGUUACUCCUGCAAAGGGAACCAUUGAAAUUUCAAAAGAAAACGAUCCAGAGCUCUUUUAUCUGGCACGUUGUGGACUUGGGGGCCUUGGAGUGGUUGCUGAAGUCACUCUUCAGUGUGUUGAGAGACAGGAGCUUUUAGAACACACAUUUGUCUCUAAUCUGAAAGAUAUCAAGAAAAAUCACAAGAAAUUUUUAUCAGAGAACAAGCAUGUGAAGUACUUGCAUAUACCAUACACGGACACGGUUGUAGUUGUGACUUGUAAUCCUGUUUCUAAAUGGAAAGGUCCACCGAAGUUCAAGCCUCAGUUUAGCCAGGAAGAAGCUAUACAACCUUUUCGAGAUCUCUACAGAGAGUCUCUAAAGGAGUACAGAGUUGGAGUAAAUGCCGCUGGAACUUCAAGUGAAAAUGAACCAGACAUAGAUGAGCUCUCCUUUACAGAACUUAGAGAUAAAUUACUGGCUUUAGAUCCCCUCAACAAAAACCAUGUCAUAAAAAUCAACCAAGCUGAGGCCGAGUUCUGGAGGAAGUCAGAGGGAUACCGAAUAGGCUGGAGUGAUGAAAUUUUGGGCUUUGAUUGUGGUGGGCAGCAGUGGGUCUCAGAAAUCUGUUUUCCCACAGGAACACUAUCCAAACCUAGCAUGAGUGACUUGGGAUACAUAGAAGAAUUAACUCAACUCAUAGAGAGGGAAAAUGUACCUGCUCCUGCACCCAUAGAGCAGCGAUGGACAGCUUGCAGCAAAAGCUUCAUGAGUCCUGCUCAUAGUCCAGUGGAGGAUGAUAUUUUCUCAUGGGUUGGAAUAAUUAUGUAUCUUCCUACCACUGAUGCUCGUCAGAGAAAACAAAUAACAGAAGAAUUCUUCCACUACAGGCAUCUUACAUACAAACAAUUAUGGGAUCGUUAUUCUGCUUAUGAACAUUGGGCCAAGAUUGAGGUGCCGAAGGACAAGGAAGAACUUGCAGCUUUGCAAGCAAGGCUAAGAAAGCGGUUUCCAGUGGAUGAAUACAAUAGAGCACGGAAAGAGCUGGAUCCUAACAGAAUUCUUUCUAAUAACAUGCUGGAGAAGUUGUUUCCUUCAUCGGAGACGACGGUUUGAUGAUUGUUGAAAGCUUCCUGGUUAGUUAGAACUUGUGUACUUCUGCAGAUAUCUGAUAUAAGAAAAUCAUCAUGUUAACCCUCUCUCUGCGCUUUUGCCUUGAGCUGCACAUGUUUAGCCAUUGGAUGUGGUUUGUACAUGAUAUGGUAAUACACUCAAUUAAAGAGUAUCUUUUGCCUUGGCCUCUCAAUGCUGGUGCUCACUCAGUUUUCAAACGCUCAAA